ACCAUGAACCAGGAAGUAAACAACGGUAAACAAAGGGAGACCAACAUAGGCGAAUUCUAUCAUUUGAACCGUUAGGUGUAUUCUGUUGUUUUGUCAUUCAAAAUGAAGUUAUUUUGUGUUAUCGUUUGUUGUAUUGUUUGCGUUAAAGCUUCUAAGAAUGUGUUUCAAUAUGAAAUGGAAAAGGCAGAUGAUAGCAUUGAUAUUUAUCGACACAAGUCAUCAUCGUUCCCCGAACAGCAACGGGUUCCUAAACUUACGUCUUUUGUGUGGAAAGACUGUGGUGGCAAGUCAGCCUUGGUGAAUAUCAAGUCAUUGUCAAUCUCCCCCGACCCCCUCUCCUUUCCGGGCACGCUAAAUGUUGCAGCUGAUUUCUUGGUGAAGAAAGCGCUUGUGAAACCAUUAAAGGCGGACUUGACAUUGUACCGAAAGGUUUUGGGUCGUUAUAUCCGCCUCCCGUGCAUUGACGACUUCGGCUCAUGCACGUACGACGACGUGUGUUCCCUCCUACAGCAAGUCCAACAGUGCCCCAAACCCCUCACCGAUCUUGGACUCAAUUGUCAGUGCCCCAUAAAAGCGAAAGGGUAUAGCCUGCAGAAAACAGGGUUCGACAUCGGCGCGUCUAUCAUACCGGAAGGAGACUACCGCGUGCUUGCCAACGUGACCUUGAACGGCGCCGAGGCUACCUGUCUUGACCUUACCCUGAGUAUACAAUAACAGACGCGGCAGGGGAAGGCGACCGCUAGACGGGACCACGGGACCAACAACACAGAAUCAGACUUGCAGUGAAUAGACUAUAUCUCAUUUAGAUUGAGCUGUGUGUAAUUUCACAAGUCGUAAUUUAAAUUAUGUUUAUAUCAUUAAUCCAUAAUUCUUGACUUGUGUGCAUGAAAAAAACGUGUAACUCCGGGUGAACUUAUAUGUGUCUGCUACUUUUUAUAUGAUUAUAUUGUAUAUUUUUUAUAUUAUAUUUUAUUAUUAUAAUCAAUUUGUCAUGACACCAUAUAUGUACCUGGAUGGAUCUGUAUACAACAGAUUAUGCAUUUAUUUACAAUAAUCUCAAAGAUAUCACGGACGAAAUAGCUGGAUACAUUACAGCCCCUGAAAAUGUUGAAAAUUAUGUUCAUAAUGAUUAGUCAAGUAAUAGGUUAAUGCGUGCAUGUAUAUAUCUUGUGUAUACAUGAGUAUUCGUAUGUUUCAAUUAUUAUGCAAAAGCAAUGAACUAUGCUGAUUUCACUCUGUAUUAUUAUUAUCAUUUAGCUAUUCCGAAAACAACAUGUAUCCUAUGAAUGUCAGGUAUUUUCUUUCCAGACUAGCUAACUAUCCAGUUCUCAUAACAUAGGGAAUCAAAUCUUAGUAAGAAUUAGCUAGCUAUACAGUUCUCAUAACAUAGGGAAACAAAUCUUAGUAAGAAUUAGCUAGCUAUACAGUUCUCAUAGCAUAGGGAAACAAAUCUAAGUAAGAAUUAGCUAGCUAUACAGUUCUCAUAACAUAGGGAAACAAAUCUUAGUAAGAAUUAGCUAGCUAUACAGUUCUCAUAACAUAGGGAAACAAAUCUUAGUAAGAACUAGCUAACUAUCCUGUUCUCAUAGUGUACAAAAUAAAAUCUUAUCUUUGAACUGUAUUGUAUGAAUCGAAUUGGUUUUGCAGUUGGUUAGAAAGGGAAAGAGGUAAAAAAACAUGUUUAAGGUUAAUCAAUAUCAAAAUUAAAUACAAAUGUAUCUUAUUUUGUCAGAUGAUUUGUUUUUCGUUGCUGUUGCUUAAAUCUUAUGUUCUUAAAUGUUUAUUCAUAUGAUGAAACAAAAGCAUUAAAAAUCAAUCAUUUACCAAUUAAUACAUGUGUGGGUACCUUGAACAUAAAGUUUUAUUUACAUAACAGCAAGAAGGCCAUGGCCCAUGUGGACAAAUAAUAUAUUCAGUAUUUACAGUUGAAUGCAUAUACAAAAACAAUAUUACCAAUAUUAACUGUCAGUACACAAAGAGAAUAUACAUCGAGCAAUAAAGCAUAAUACUCAAGUUCGUUCUUUCUAUACUGUAUAAUGAUUUGUGAAAUGACUUAAUAAAAGUGAUAUUUACAUUG